UGACAGUAAAAUGGAUAGAUCUAGGCUUCAGUGGUCAUUUUCAAUGCUGUGUUGGACAGUCUACUUUCUACAGAUUGAAUAAACAGCAGCUGGCAUAGCGUGAGGUUUAGGGGCAAGAGGAGGAAAAGGUGCUACUAAAACACCCUUCCCUGAUCACUAGAUCCGGGCAACAUGCGGUGCGUAUGGAACUGCCAGAGGGCCGUUUUGUCGGGCUUCUACAAAUACGGCCAUUUCCUUGGGAGCCACCCAGCACCCUUCCUUGUGCUCCCGCUUCUGAUCUGCUCCGGCCUUGCUGUUGGCUUUCUGUUUUACAACCCAGAGACAGACGUAGAGGCAUGCUGUCAAUGAACGCAGUGACGUUUCCGGUGUGGUCUGGGAUCGAGGCUAUGGAUCUUCAGCUCUACUUUAGUGACGUCAACGUGUCACGCGACGGAAUCCUACAGGCUGCUGGUUCCUACAAGAUGGCCUUCCCCCUGCGCACCGACACCGAGAAGUUGGAGAGACUGUCGCUGGCCUGGGAACUGGCGUACAUCGACUUUAUGUCCACGGUCAAUCUGACCACUGUCGACAUAAGCUACGCAGUUUCCCAGUCUCUCAACCUGGAGCUGGACAAAGGAACCAGCGGGGACAUCUUCUACUUCUCCCUCACCUUCACCAUCAUGAUCACCUAUGCGUCCAUCGUAAGCUCAGGUGUCGGAGUUCUAUUGUGUUACAUUUGUAACGCCACGUUUUUUGGCGCCUGUCUGACGUACCACGGACGCCGGGUGUACAGUAGCCGGCACACGAUCACAUGCCGCAAGCUGGACCAAUCACGACCCGAGCUGAAGGAAGAGGGCCACAAGUGCUGCUACAUCUGCAUGUGCGGGGGUGCCACACCGAAGGGCCCUGGGGAUGAUCAAAGCCCUUGUGAAAAAGGACCGAGAUCGGCCCUCACAAGACUUGUGCUGUGGAAUCCCAUGCGGGUUCUGAUUCUUCUCAUCUUUGCCGGCUACCUUGGUAUGACCGUGUGGGGUCUCACCAUGCUGAAACAGGGCCUGGAGCUGAAAAAUCUCGUGCUCACCUCCUCCUAUUUUCAUAAAUUUCAGCGCCCACGUCUGUACGGCCUACAUGGUAUCUGAGGAAUACUCUCGGCGAGAGCGUGCCAAAGAGGCUAUAGUUCACGCCUCUGGACCCAUCCUCAACGGUGGAAUGUCCUCUCUCAUCGGUGUCAUCGUUCUCGUUUUCACCGAGUCGUACAUUUUCCAAUCCUUCUGCAAAAUAAUGCUUUUAGUCAUUGGUUUCGGCACGGCUCACGCCGUUUUGCUGAUCCCUGUCAUCCUCUCUUUUGUUGGUCCACAAGCGCACACAGACAGCGACGACGCCAGUAAGGGACCACAUAUGAACGGCAAACGCUAUGAAGUCUCGGCCGCAGCUCAAAACGGAAGUCCCGAGGUGAAGAAUGGGACAAAAAAUGGAGGGCAGAAAAACGGAAAGACGAAUGACUCCGUCGCGCGUCGGGGGUUACCACACAAAGCCGGAUCGGACAUGAUGUUCGUAAACCCUACGUUUCAGAACGAUGCCCAUCUUGGUUAUCUUCAGGACUGAUAUCCCUGUUAUGUGCUUGUUGUGCCUGACAGAAAGAAUGGGGAAAAUACCAUCUGAUCCCCCCCCCCC